CAAGCUUUGAAUAUCUUCCGAUCCAUGGUUGAUCCCUCUCUUAUCUGCAUCUCGUGGCGUGGCUUUGUGCCACUGACCUUUGCCACGGGACGACCAGGUUGGAUUGACAUGUGAAAGUCGGGCCGUUUUUCUCAACGGUUUUCCCUGUCAUCGGCCGUUUUGAAUGUCGAUCUAAUUUAAACCUGCAGCAGUUGGGUUUCAGCUUCUUCUCUGGCAUUUGGAUACCACUUUUUGUGAUUCUUCUGGUUAAUCUCUUGUUGACUCUGCCUCUCGACAGCCACUAUCUUGCCUCUGCCACCGAGAUCUCUGGACAACAAAAUACCCAAACAGACUUUGCUCCAUCCACCGUGGACAUUCUUCGUUUUUAAGAUUAACAUCCCACUCAAUCCUUGGGGCUUGAGAGGCUGAAGCGCAAGAUGGAGGACUCACCAACAAUGCUCUACCCCGCCGGUUUCCCUCUGCUCCUCCCACUCAUCCCAACCGCCAUCCGUCAACGGAUGUCCCGUCUAUAUUCCUUUCGACCAAAGUUGCCCAAUAUCGACCAUAAUGAUAAUGAAUCAAUUCCUAAUUCUCACCGAGGCCUCGCGUCUUCAUCCGACCCUCAACUGGCAUACUACCGCCCCAUGUCUGAAUCGUCUACCGGGGAGGUGCAGCGACGCCCUGUGACGGCGAGCGCAGAGGACCGGGGGUUAUCUGAUAGUUCUUCCAAAUCCGAUACCUCAAUCUCGAUAUCCGACGGAGAGAGUCACUCGCCUACUUCAAAAUAUGAAGCGGAUUCGGGGGUUAGAUGGAAUCGAGUUAUUCCAGCAUUCAACCUACUCCGCAACGCAGGCUACGAAGCCCAGCAAUCUCAUUCGGAUGUCCGUCUAGUACGAUCCUUGUACAUAACUGCUGUGGGAUACCUCCUCGACGCUCUACCGACAGACCUAACCGACCACGAAACGAGAACCAUCACACAAAAGCUACCAGACAGCAUCCAAACCUCAUUCCCGACGGCUGUUUCACAAACCAACAACAGCAGUCACCACCCAGUCUCACAGAGAACCCCCUCGGAACGAUCCUAUCUCCACCGUCUACUCGCCUCAACCAUUAUCCAAUUGUUCCUACUAAUUCAGUUCCUCUUACCAUAUGCCAAAAUCCUCCUACAGCAGAUGUACCAGUACGAACGGUCUCAUCGAGUAACUGAGCGAUUGGUCGCUGCUACCGUGGACGUAGCUGAUAGUCUAGGUAAGGGUGGGAUGAAUCUUGGGACUGCCAUUCUUGGAUUCCAGGAGGGCAAGGUUGGUGCUGCGGUGGCGGAUUUGGUUUCGUGGUGGGUGGAGGGGAUUGCGGGGGGUAUUCAUGACGGGGUUGGAGAGGGGAUGAUGAUUCUGGGGGUGGUGCGGUCUGAUUUGAAUUCGGGGAUGGAUGGGAUGUCUACUAUGCAUAUGGGGCAGAGAUGAUAUACCUAUAUAUUAUACUUGUCUAUUGCUUUUGAUUGAAGUCUGGAUUUGUAGAUGCUAGAUAGGGAGUCUUCUACGGGGAACUUGAACCACCACAACGAUUUAUAGAAAUUAAACCCCCUGCAUAAUCUCGGUAUAUCAAAGAGCAGUAUUACACAAGAGAUAUUAUCAUACCAUCUACAUAUACCAAGUAAGGGCUAAUAUACAAGUCUACUUCGUGCUGUAUACAAAAGCGGCCAAAUACUGCCACUGAUAAGCC